ACCAAUACAAAACGGCACCGAACAAAACACAAACAAAGAAUCUAGGCGAGGCGCAUUCAAACAUCGCCGCCCUUUCGUCGUACACUCUUUGGCAGCAUAAUUCCGCACUUGGUUUGUUCAAAUUUCUCUCAACGAAACAUAUCGCUAUUGGGUUUGUGCUGUGUUUGUGAGUGCUCGAAAGGAAACGAAAAACACGAUGACCGAAGCGCAGAUCUGUGAUAUUAGCCCCGAGGCAAAGGAGGAGAUCAGCAAGUUUCGCUUCCGACGCAACGCAACCAAUACGGCAUUGAUUCUGAAAAUCGACCGCGAGAAGCAGCUGGUUACCGUGGACGAGCUGCUGGAUGACGUAGCGAUCGAGGAGCUGCAGGAACAGCUGCCCAGCCACCAGCCGCGCUACAUCAUCUACAGCUACAAGAUGGUGCACGACGAUUCACGGAUAUCUUACCCAAUGUGCUUCAUUUUCUACACGCCGCGCGACAGCCAGAUGGAGCUGUGCAUGCUGUACGCGAAAACGCGCAUGGCGCUGCAGCGCGAGGCCGACCUGACGCGCUACUACGAAAUCCGCGAGCUGGACGAUAUGACCGAGGACUGGCUGCGGGAGAAGCUUCGAUAAGCGCGUUUACCGGAAACGCGUUACAAAAGACGCAAACACACCUACACACACACCUAUACACGCAUUGCAACGACAGUACAGAUUGGCCCCAGUUGAGCGAAUGAGAAAAGAAUUUGCCAAAAAAUAAGAAAGACAAACUAAACGCCAGAAGAAAGUGGAAGCAAUAAUCGAGGGCCGUAACUCAUGCCCACUACCAACCUGUAUUUCAAACUCCGCUGUAUGAUAAUCAGCUUUAUCGGUGAAGCAUAUCCCAGCAUUAUAAUAUUAGUAGAACAGGGAGUUACGCAUUUAGAGAGCUUAUUGGAAGAGGUUAUUGGUUGUAAUUACCUCGGUGAACGCAUACAUACGAUAAAUAGUGUUAUUACGUACCUUCCCCACAACAAUAACAACAAUAACGAUGCAGGAUGAGCAGCAGCAGGAGCCGAAGCAAACCAAAAGGACCACUAAAGGGCUUUUGCUGCAAAACUACAAGAGCAACCAACAAUGCAGGAACUAAAAAGGGAUAGAUUUUGAUCGUGCAACGACGAUAUUUUUGUGUGCGUGUGAUAGAGAAGCUACUACAUACCUAUAUAGCUGUAUAGAAGCUCUUCCUUUUUAUUCUAUUAUAUUAGCCGAAGUAACUGUAUUCCCACAGUAGCAGAGUGCAUUUUCUUUCCAUUUUCUUACGCCACGUGGCGUCUGUCUACACGACAAAAGACAAAAGUACAAGUACGCUACUGAUAGUGUACGGUUUUGUGUGUGUUUUUGGGGGAGUAAACUUACUUAGUUUGAUUUUGUUUUUCCUGUUUUUGAGUUGUUGUAAGGCUGUAAAAGGAAUUGUAACGAUUUCGACUGAAAAGGGCGUAGGAAGAAAGAGGAAACGAAACGGUAGUGAUCGUAGGAAAGAUCGAUAGAGAUAGUUCUUUUUUUUGCACUAGCAUAUCGCUUGUCUUACAGGGUUGAAAAUAGCUUCUUCUUUUGUUGUAUUCACAACAGGAAUAAGGCAAGGGAGUAAAUCCUUAAAAAAACCAGGCUUUGGAUUUCAUAUUUUGACCGUAGUGUUUAGUUCACGUGUGUUCAUUGCCGUGCAACGUGUAUUAUCAAUAAAUUGCAAAGUUUUGAUACUA